AAAUUCCAUAAAGCGGCCAUCGAUGGCUUCUUGGAGCUUCUGAAGGAGACUACAAGGAAGGACUGCAACGCCGUGGAUGAAGAUGGUCUCACACCGACUUUACUCGCGGCCUACCACGGGAACCUUGAUGCUCUGCGACUCCUCGUCGGCAGGGGCGGGGAUCCUGACAGAUGUGAUUACUACGGACAGACGGCUCUUCAUCUUGCUGCGGCGAAGGGUCACAUGAAUUGUGUGUCGUUCCUAGUCAACUUCGGUGCCAAUCUAUUCGCCUUGGACAAUGAAUUCCAUACAGCCAAGGAAAUCGCUCUCAUAAACCACCGAGACGAAAUUCUGAGGUUCCUCGAUGCCGCCAUCGCUAAAGAGAGCGCACUCAAUACAAGAGUGGUUCAGAAAGUGAAAGAGAAGGCGAUCAAAGACGCAGAGAAACGUGUCAAGAAAUUCGAGAAAAUGACACACAAAUCAGUGAAGAAGGCCGAGAAGGACUACAAGGAAGAAGAGAAACAGCGGAAGAAACACACACUCAUCACCGACUCAUUGACGAGCGCAAACUGUAGAGUUGUACUUCCUCCAAGUACGGGAACCCCCGUAGGACAGUCACAAAAGUUCUCUGAAAUAGUUUCGACGAUAAAUGGGAACUCGAAGAAGGGUUUCGGAGCGGUGUCGAAGAAAAUUCUUAACAAAAAACCAGGCAUCGGAACCAUCAACGAGACCGCGAAAAUCCUAGAUCCCACCAAACUUGGGAAACUCAGCAUACGGUCAAAAACAGACAACGACGUAAUAUAUGCCGCUCCUUCAAACCUCAUGUACGGUCAGGAAAACCAGCGGAUGCACAUGAAAGACGUUUUCGAGUCUCUCUAUUUUCUGCGUCAAGUUUCCAGCGACGAAAUGACAAUAUCAGAGCCAUCUUCGAUCUUCGAGAGACCCGGUUUCGGAUCCGUUGCCUUUCGGAACUCUUUAGCGUCCAACGUCCUAACGCUGACCGGGCCUGCGCCCCCCUCAAGGACGACGCUCAGUUCGUCGACGGACUCCAAAAGUUCGUGCGAGCAUUCGUCAGAAGAGUCCGCGACGCUGAGCGGUUCCGACUCGAUCGGCUCAGUGGGAAGCCUGGUGCAGAGGAAUAAGAGGCGAGGAGACCUGUCCGAUGUGCCGCUGUGCAUUCAAGUUUCCUCCUGGGACGAUGAACGCACAUCCCUAUCGUCCGUGGAUGAGGACACGAACCCCGUCUACAUUUUCCUAUCGGUUCACCAUCUGCAGGAGUACUUCCCGAUAUUCGAGCGGGAGAAAAUCGACAUCGAUGCCCUGAUGCUCCUCGACGAGCAAGACCUGAAAAUGAUCGGGCUUCCCUUAGGCCCUCGGAAAAAGCUCGCGAAUGCGAUUGAUAUAAGAAGACAGGCUCUGAACAAGCCGGCGGACAAGUUCGUGGAUUCUCGGAUGUGAAAAUACGAUUCUUAGCAGUAAAUUAGGUACGAUCUUACAUUGCUGUG